ACUACAUGACCUUGAGGUACUGAUAUUGCUGUAUACCUUACAGCAUAUAACUCAAAUGAUAUAAAAUUUUGUCAGGCAAUGAACCUGCUUGCCUCAGUGUCAUCUACGUUUAGCUUUAGCUUUGUGUAAUCACUCUCCUUUAUACUCCUUGGAUACAACAACAAGUUCUUACAAGCUUGAGUCUCGAAAUUAUCAUCAUCCAUGUCUAAAACACUUUUGUGAAGGUUGUGAAUAAUCCUACGAUUGAGGAUUGUAGACUUUGAUGGUGCUAAUCCAGAGGACACAUUCCUCAGGAAACAUUGUACGACAAUGAAACAUAAAAUGUUCACACCAUUGGUGCAACAAGAAACUAGAGUUGGGGGAGGAGAAGCAAAUGAACUUGUUCUAACUUUGAAAGUUUAUGUUAGAAAGUCAAACCGGAUGAUUUUAUACGCUGAGUGCAGAGAAGAAUUUGUUGAUUUUCUUUUCACUUUUCUCGCUAUACCGCUUGAGUUUGCUCGGGAACUCUCUGUUGACAAAGUGACUAUGGGGUGUGUUGGAAAUUUGUGCAGAAGCGUAAAAGAAUUGAGUUUUGAGCAGGGCCAGUCCAGUAAAAUCCGGGACCGAAUACGAAAAAAAAUUGGGGCCUUUUUGAAAAGCCUUUUUGCUAAUUAUGGUGCGGGACCUGGUUUUGAGCAGAGCAAAGAAGCCACUAGUGUUUUCAAUUGCAUUCUUCCUUAUUACUAUAAUUCUUGUCGUACGCAGCUUCUCGAUAUUGUCAUCCAGGAAAUGCCAGAAUAUGAAUGCUUGGUUUCCCGCCGCAGUUAUAAUAGUAGCAAGCUCUCCAAAAAAGUCAACAAGAAUGUGCUUGCCGAAGGUGAAAGAAUCGCCAAGUUAAUUCCAAUGGUUUCAUCUUCAGAUUCUGGGAAUAUUCGAAUUGUGAAGCAAGAAACGAAUUUCAUAGUGUCAGAUGAUCUGGUUGUCACACCUAUGAAGUCAUCCUCAACAAUUUCAUUAUUAAGCAAGUUGCAAAUGAAUAUCAGUGAUAUUGAGGAGCAAGUAAUUAGUAUUGGAAAAGCUCAAGUAUGAUGAUACACUCUACUUGUUUAUACUCUUCUGAUUAAUAAGAAAAUCUUACCUUAUUUUA